GCAGAGGCGGAAAACGGCGCGGCAGUUUGAAACGAACACAAACAAACCGCGAGAUAUCGGAGAGAAAUAAUCCGAAUUAUGCCUUAAACCGGAUUAAACAGUGUAAAUCUGAGUAUAGAAUAUAAACGGGUUGUUGUGCAGUGCUGACUGAGAGCUGUAUUCAGUAAACAGGAGAAUUAAUCCGAGUUUAUCUGUGAUUUUCUCAUCCGGAUUCAGAUUCAUUAUGGAAUCUAAAGAGAGGGAGCGAGUGAUGCUGCUGGAGGAGGAGGUGAAGAGCCUGUCUGAGGAGCUGAUCCAGUGCCAGGCAGAUAAAGAGUUUGUGUGGUCGCUAUGGAAACGUCUCCAGGUGGCCAAUCCGGAUCUGACCCAGGCUGUGAGUUUAGUGGUGGAGCGGGAGAAGCAGAAAGCUGAAGCUAAGGACAGGAAAGUUCUUGAGAUUCUUCAGGCAAAAGACUUGAAGAUUCAGGAGCUGGAGAAGGAUGUGGCAGCGCAGCGGCAGGAGCUAGGCGGCGCGGGGCAGCGGCGGUGGCAGGUGGAGGAAGAGUGCCGGCUGAUGAAGAAGGAACUGGCAGGUCUGAGCCACAGACUGGCGGAUAAGAGCCGGCAGCUUCAGGAGGUGGAGGAGUGUAAGAGGGUGAGUGAGGAGAGAGGGAGGAGUCUGCAGGAGCGCUGCAGUGUUCUACAGCACGAGCUCCUCACAAACCAGCAGAACCAGAACCAGCAGCAGGAGAACCACACCGCCCGAAUACAGGAGCUGCAGGAGGAGCUUGUGAGGUUGAGGGCGGGGCAUCAGGAGGAGCUUGUGAGGUUGAGGGCGGAGCAUCAGGAGGAGCUUGUGAAGUUGAGGGCGGAGCUUCUGGAGGUUCAGGGCCGCAGUGCUGCUCUCUCCUCUCAGCUCAGUACUGUAGAGCAGCAAUCCUCCGAGAGAGAGCAGCAGCUUCAGAAGCUCAGGCGGGAGCUGGUGGAGAUACAGGCUUUGUACAGGCAGAGUGUAGAACAUGCGGGAGAGCAGGCUGAGCUGAUUCAGCAGCUGGAGGGACUCAACCUGGACACACAGCACGUCCUGCGCAGCCAAGAGCAGGCCCACUGCACACACACCGCCUCCUACCAAAAGCUCUACACUGAACUGAGCGCGUCCUACCAAGCCUUACUGCGCAGGGAGGAUGAGCUGCGCCAGAGGGACAUGGGCCUCACCGCGCAGCUGCACCAGAGGGACCAGCAGAUUUCACAGCUCCAGGCUGAACUCCAGCAGCUGCAGCAGCAGCUAAGAGACAAAACAUCACAGGCUGUACUACAGCAGCAGUAUCCAGAACCUCAGUCCUCCACUCCGAUCCCUCAGUCCCAGUAUGAAGAGGCUGCAGUGGGACCAGAACUUCCAGCUCAUCCCCCGACCUGCAGAACUCAGAGCUCCUCACCUGAACAGAGCUGUAGAUCUAUCAGUGCUGAAGCUGAAGGGAGGAUCCAGCAGCUGGAGGAGUUACUCUCUCUCAAGACGCAGGAGAACGAGGAGUUAAAGAGAGCUCAUGCGAAGCGUCACGAUCGCCUCCGUCUGAUCCAGACCAACUACAGAGCGGUAAAGGAGCAGCUGAGGGAGGUGGAGGAGGUGCAGGACCAGCCUAAAGGCAGGAGGAAGCGGGCGGAGCCGUGGCAGCUUCGGCAGGAGAACAGUGACGCGGUGUGGAACGAGCUGGCCUUCUUUAAACGCGAGAACAGGAAACUCCUCAACGAGAAAGCUCACCUGGAGGAGGAGCUGGAUGUUGCGCGUGUGCAUGCAGCCAUGGAUCGAGCUACAGCGCAGGAACUGCGUCUGCAGGAACAGCAAGAGCUGCAGCUGAGAGACGAUGGAAACUCGGCGGCCGGCGGCGCCCUGAUCCUGCCAUCUGCCCAGAGACCCGACAAAUCCAUUAAAAAGAUAGAGGUGCUGGAGAGGAGGAUGGUGAGUUUAGAGAGGGAGGCGGAGCAGCUGAGGGAUGAUAACCACGCCCUGCAGGAGGCGGGGCUAAUGCUGAGCCGGGAGCGCUCGGAUCUGCAGGCCGCUCUGAAACGAGCCGCCGCUCGAGAGGAAGCAGAACUGGACCGACUGAGAGUGCAGCUGCUGGGUGAGGUGCAGGGGCUGGAGGCUCGGCUGCAGGGCUGCAGGAGGGAGGCGGCGGAGGCCCGGAGAGACCGGACCCAGGCCCGGCACGCCCUGCUGCGCCUCAGACAGGAACUCGGGGUCCUGAGGGCGGAGAGAGACUUCCACAGAGCCGCCGCCCACCGCUGGAGCAAAGCCAACAGGACCAGACCCCCGACGACCAGAGCCCGGGGCCCGACCCGAGCACACACACACUCACACACACAUACACACCCCGAGCGCCGGCCCCGAGCGAGCAGCCGGACACACACACUCUCAGAGCAGCGGCAGCAGAGGACACACAGCCCUGCCAAGGACGAGUGGGAGGACAUGAGUCCAGACAGUGAAACUGAGGAGUUCUCAGACAGCCUGGAGAGUCAACCUCCUGCUCAGCUGCGAAACCCUCCUGCAGCAAAGGGCUGCAGGUACGAGCUGAUCACUCCCGGACCCAGAGACCCCGUCACCACCCAUCAGCCUUACACAGCCCCCGGCACAGUGAGGAGUGAUGUGAGGAGGAAGAGGAGGAGGAUGAAGAACACCGCGCUCCAUCACAGACUGCUCUGUCUGCAGCAGCAGGUUGCAGUACUGCAGUCAGCCAGCAGGGCGGCGACUGAGAGGCUCACCCAGACUCAGACUGAGCUGCAGACGCUCACACACCGACUGCAGGCCAGCAAACACACCUCACAGAAGCAGGCGUGUGAGCUUGCGGUGCUGCAGCAGCAGAAGGCGGUGCUGGAGGCGGAGCUUGAGCAGUGGAGGAAAUCUCGUUCUUUAUCUCAGGAGCUGCCUACCUUUACCCCAGACCCCGCCCAUUCCACCUGUACCACGCCCUCAUCUGCCCCAGACUCCGCCCACUCCACCAUCAAACAGCUGGAAGCCGACAUCAAACAGCUCAACAGCAAACUGAAGAGUGCCACUUCAGAGGGGAAUAAACAGAGGUCUGUGAUUAAGGGCCUCAGGGCGGAGCUGCACGACAGGGACCAACGCCUCAAAGAGCUGCAGGACAAGCUGAGUCAUGCUGAGAGGGAUGUGGUGAUGAAGAGGCAGUUGGUGGAGGAUCUGCGCAGUCGGAUGAAGAUCCUGCAGGAUUCAGAGAGCAGCCGCCGUGCGCUCAUUAACGACCUGGAGAAGAAGGUGAAGACUCUGGUGGAAGAAGCUUCGAACCGGAAAGCUUUUAUAGAGUCUCUGAAGAGACGGCUGAGCGUAGCCAAUCAGGAGAAGAGCCAGAGCGAGUCCAGCGGCCAGAAACUGCAAGAGGAUCUGCAAAAACGGGAUCAGAAGCUGGCGGCGCUGCAGGUGCGGUUGGUGGAGUGUGAGGGGUCUCGGGCGGAGCUGGAGGAGAAGGUGUGUGUUCAGGUGAGGGCCGCGUCCCAACAGCACUCAGACGCCCUGCACACUCUACAGAACCAGCUCAGCCUGGCACAGCGCCAACAGGAACAGCUACGCUCCUUUACACAGGCUCUGGUGGUGGAGCUCUCCCGGGAGGUGCAGGAGAGCCGGGCAGAGCUGAGGAAGAGGAGGAGAGAGAGGAAGAAGAGAGAGAGAGCAGAUAGAGGAGUGUCCAGAAGCUCCAUGCAGAAAGCCCAGUCCAUCGCUGCGUCCAUCCUCAACCUGACCCACACCGACCUCGCCAGCAUCCUCCACACAGACCAGGAGGAGGAGGAGGGUGAUGAAGGAGGUGGAGACUGGAUGGAUCACAUCCGGCACGUCCUACAGCAGCAGGUUCCCUCUGCUGCUGUGUUGGUGGAGUUGGUGUUGGAGAAGCUGAAGGAGUUGAGGAUGCUGACGGAGGAGCUGGCUGUGUUCUCCUCCACCAACAGCCAAAACGUCUGAGAGAGAAACACCCGGCCGGAGCUCAUCAUCCUGCUACAGAUCAGCUCUCUCUCCUCUACUCCUCCUCUACACCUUCUCUACUCCUCCUCUUCUUUCAGAUUUAGUCACUACAGAUCAGGAUCAGCUUUUAUUUAUUUAGUAAUGAAUGUUUAAUUCAGGUAGCGCAUAUUAAAAACAGCACAAGCCUUAAAAUCACUAAACUGAUGCUGUUUAUCUGAUUUCAAAGACCAGCAAGAAGAAGAAGAAUCUGGACUUUCUUGGAAAAGUUUUUAAAGAUUAUUUAAAGGAUUAAUUUUGAAAGCACAGUGUGCUGAACUGAGGCUGAGUCAGUCAGUGAGAGUGUAGAGUUUGAGAGUGUGUUUUGUCUGUUUUAGGUUUUUACUCUGUUUUCCUGCACUACUGUAGUAAUCAUACUCUUAUGAAGCCUGAUUGUUUGUGGUUGAAGUAAAAUUUGUUUCUUUAAA